CUGAUAUGCUGAUGGAAUCUACCAAUAGUCUUUCCUUAGCUUAGAGAGGGAACACAAAUCUCUAGUAGGGCUGUUGAAUCAGAAUAAACAAUUGUAUAGAUUGAUAGCCAAGGGGACCUCGACACACACUACAAUUAGAUGGGUGAUGCCUGUAGGUGGGAUUUGAAAGAUUACCACUUUACGUGCCUUAUUUGAGCAACAAAGAAAUUAGGAAAUGGUUUAGUUGUAUUUCAGGAUAGUGUAUUAAAAGGCUUACAGUUAAAGAAAACAAAUAAUGUUUCAACCCAGCAAAGGAAAACAUUGGUACAAUGAUAAGUGUUUUUAAGCGUUUUUUUUCCGUACUUCAACUUUUAACUGAAAACUGUUAAACGUAGUUGGAACUUCAUUUUGGCGUUCCUUCUGGGUGGGGAAUAAAAGUGAAUAGCCUAAAGAUUUUUUUUUUGAAAUAGGCUUAUUCAAAUUGGUCAUAACUACCAUUAGAUAUUCACAGUCCAGUCUCAGAUCAUCAGGUGGAUGGUGUGGGGUUGUCUCGACUACAGCGAAAGCUCCCGCAACCAGGCAAUAAUUUGCCUUUGGAUUCAGAACCACGGUCAGUUCCCGGUACCUUUACCAUCGCGUGUUGCUUUGGAGGAAGCGCAAUUGAUAGUUUUGCAUUGACAAAUCACAUCAGGAAGAAGUCGACGGAUGGCGCUGGGUCCUGAAAAGCUCUCUUUCUCAUCUUUCAUCCGACCCCUCCCCUUCAUAUAGCAUCCUAGCAAAUCCCCGGCGGCGACUGGAGAGUAAAACGCGUACAUCUCCUUCCAAUACCGCCAACAUGUUGGACCCAUCUUCCAGUGAGGAGGAAACGGAUGAGAUAGUGGAAGAAGAACGUAAAGAGGUGAUGGCACCAAAGACGGGGUGCGCACGGGUGUCACCCAGCCGGACCACCGAGAGUUCUGGUGGGCUACAGCCCUCAAGCCGGGGAGGCGCUCGCCCGUCAAGCCCCAGCCCCUCGGUGGCCAGCGAUAAGGAAAAAGAGGAUCUGGAAAAGAUGCAAAGGGAAGAGGAAGAGAGAAAGAGGAGGCUCCAGCUGUAUGUCUUUGUAAUGCGCUGUAUUGCCUACCCUUUUAAUGCAAAGCAACCCACUGACAUGGCCAGGCGACAGCAGAAGAUCAGUAAGCAGCAGCUUCAGACAGUAAAGGAGCGUUUCCAGGCCUUCCUAACUGGUGACACCCAGAUAGUGGCAGACGAGGCGUUCAUCAAUGCUGUCCAGAGCUACUAUGAUAUAUUCCUGAAGAGUGACCGCGUGUCCCGGAUGGUCCAGAGCGGAGGCUGCUCGGCCAGUGACUCACGGGAGGUCUUCAAAAAGCACAUCGAGAAGCGUGUCCGUAGCCUGCCCGAGAUCGACGGCCUGAGUAAAGAGACGGUGCUCAGCUCCUGGAUGGCCAAGUUCGACACCAUCUACCGCGGGGAGGAGGACCCCAGGAAGCACCAGCAGAGGAUGACGGCCAGCGCGGCCUCCGAGCUCAUCCUCAGCAAGGACCAGCUCUACGAGAUGUUCCAGUCUAUUCUAGGCAUUAAGAAGUUUGAGCACCAGCUCCUCUACAAUGCCUGUCAGCUUGAUAACCCAGAUGAGCAGGCCGCUCAGAUCAGGAGAGAGCUGGACGGACGUCUGCAGAUGGCUGAUCAGAUUGCCAGGGGGGGGAAGUUUCCCAAGUUUGUGUCCAAAGAGAUGGAACAGAUGUACAUCGAGGAGCUGAGAUCCUCCGUGAACCUGCUGAUGGCCAACCUGGAGAGCAUGCCCGUGUCUAAGGGAGGGGAGUUCAAACUGCAGAAGCUCAAAAGGGGACACAACACCUCCAUCAUAGACAUGGGCCAGGAGGAUGAGAACACGCUGUCCAAGUCCGAUGUGGUGCUCUCCUUCACCCUGGAGGUGGUGAUCGUGGAGGUUCAGGGGUUAAAGUCACUGGCACCCAAUCGGAUUGUCUACUGCACUAUGGAGGUGGAGGGGGGGCAUAAGCUUCAGACUGACCAGGCCGAGGCCUCUAAACCAACCUGGGGGACCCAGGGGGACUUCACCACCACACAGCCCCUGCCUGCUGUCAAGGUGAAGCUAUUCACUGAGAGCACAGGAGUCCUGGCCCUGGAGGACAAAGAGCUGGGCAGGGUGGUGCUCCAUCCGACCCCCAACAGUCCCAAACAGUCGGAACUGCACAAGAUGACCGUGUCCAAAGGCUGCCCUGACAGUGACCUGAAGAUCAAACUGGCCAUUCGCAUGGACAAGCCGCAAAACAUGAAGCACUGUGGGUACCUAUGGGCCAUUGGUAAAAAUGUCUGGAAGAGAUGGAAGAAGAGAUUCUUUGUCUUGGUGCAGUCACGUGUCAGCCAGUACACCUUUGCCAUGUGCAGCUACAGAGAAAAGAAGGCAGAGCCUGUGGAACUUCUUCAACUGGAUGGUUAUACUGUGGACUACACCGACCCUCAGUCAGGUCUGGAUGGUGGGAGGACCUUCUUCAAUGCAGUGAAGGAGGGUGACACUGUGAUAUUUGCCAGUGAUGACGAACAGGACCGCAUCCUGUGGGUACAGGCCAUGUACCGAGCCACGGGCCAGUCCCAUAAACCCAUCCCCCCAACCCAGGUCCAGAAACUCAACAACAGAGCCGGCUCCGCACCCCAGCUAGAUGCACCCAUCUCCCAGUUUUCUGGACUUAAGGACGCGGACCGGGCCCAGAAACACGGUAUGGAUGAGUUCAUCUCCGCCAACCCCUGUAGCUUUGACCACGCCUCCCUGUUCGAGAUGGUGCAGCGCCUCACCCUGGACCACCGGCUUAACGACUCCUACUCGUGCCUGGGUUGGUUCAGUCCAGGCCAGGUGUUUGUGAUGGAUGAGUACUGUGCUCGUAACGGUGUGCGGGGGUGUCACAGACACCUGUGUUACCUCAGCGACCUGCUGGAGCGGGCGGAGAACGGGGCUAUGAUUGACCCCACCCUGCUGCACUACAGCUUCGCCUUCUGUGCCUCACAUGUCCACGGCAACAGUCAGAGACUGUGUGAGUUUCUAAGCUGGCCCGUAAACGAGGCAGAGCUACAGAGCUACCUUAACCCCCCCGCCCCAGAGCCCCCCGCCCCCUCUAAGAGGGAACUCAAAAUCAUGGAGUUUAGGAAAAAAAAGGACUCCAAGUCCCAGGCUGCCUUUUUACCCAGAAGGCCUGAUGGCAUAGGGACAGUGACUGUGGAGGAGAAGGAGCGCUUUGAGGAGAUCAAAGAGAGGCUGCGUGUGCUGUUGGAAAACCAGAUCACACACUUCAGGUACUGUUUUCCCUUUGGUCGACCGGAGGGAGCACUGAAAGCCACUUUGUCCCUGCUUGAGAGGGUCCUGAUGAAGGAUAUCGUCACCCCUGUGCCCCAGGAGGAGGUGAAGACGGUCAUACGGAAGUGUUUGGAGCAGGCAGCCUUGGUAAACUACCAGCGGCUGUCAGAAUACGCCAAAGUAGAAGCGGAUAAAACUCAGAGAGAUAAGAAAGAUUCAAAGGAUCAGGAUUCAGAAAAUGUAGGGCGCUUAGUCACCCCUGCCAAAAAGCUGGAGGACACUAUUCGUCUGGCCGAGCUGGUCAUAGAGGUCCUCCAACAGAAUGAAGAGCACCAUGCAGAGGGCAAAGAGGCAUUUGCCUGGUGGUCUGACCUGAUGGUUGAACACGCAGAGACCUUCCUGUCUCUGUAUGCGGUAGACAUGGACUCUGCUCUGGAGGUGCAGCCCCCUGACAGCUGGGACAGCUUUCCUCUCUUCCAGCUGCUCAAUGACUUCCUGAGGACUGACUAUAACCUGUGCAACGGCAGGUUCCACAAACAUCUGCAGGACCUGUAUGCCCCCUUGGUGGUACGUUACGUGGACCUCAUGGAGUCGUCUAUUGCCCAGUCCAUCCACAGGGGAUUUGAGAGGGAGUCAUGGGAACCCGUCAAGAGCCUAACAAGUAAUCUGCCUGAUUUGAAUCUACCAAAUGUCAACCUUCAAAUACCCAAAGUACCAAAUCUACCACAAGUUGGCCUCCCAACAAUGCCUAGCUUUUCUACACCCAACUGGAUGGCAACUAUAUGUGACUCAGAUAAUGGCUCAGGUACGUCAGAGGACCUGUUCUGGAAGCUGGAUGCACUGCAAACGUUCAUCAGGGACCUUCACUGGCCUGAGGAGGAGUUUGGAAAGCACUUGGAGAGCAGACUCAAACUCAUGUCCAGUGACAUGAUCGAGUCCUGUGUCAAACGAACCAGGGGGGCCUUUGAGGCCAAACUCCAGAAGAGCAGUCGGACCACAGACUUCCGUGUGCCUCAGUCCAUCUGCACCAUGUUCAACGUGAUGGUGGAUGCCAAGACCCAGUCAGCCAAGCUUUGUGCCAUGGAGCUGGGACAGGAGUUUGUUAGAAAUUGGAGACAGUACCAUUCCCAAAUCGACGCUCUCAUAGAGGAAACUGUUAAGGAGAUGAUCACCUUACUGGUAGCAAAGUUUGUGGUCAUUCUAGAAAGCGUCCUGGCCAAACUGUCCAGAUACGAUGAGGGCACACUCUUCUCCUCCUUUCUCUCUUUCACAGUGAAAGCUGCCUCAAAGUAUGUGGAUGUCCCAAAGCCUGGCAUGGAUGUAGCGGACGGUUACGUGACCUUUAUGCGCCAUUCUCAGGACAUGCUGCGGGACAAGGUCAAUGAGGAGGUGUACAUAGAAAGGUUAUUUGCUCAAUGGUACACCAGCACGAUGAACCUCUUGGGUACGUGGUUGACUGACCGGAUGGACCUUCAGCUCCAUGUCUACCAGCUCAAAAUCCUCAUCAGGAUAGUCAAGAAAAAAUACCGUGACUUCCGGCUCCAGGGCGUCCUGGAUUCCACACUAAACAGUAAGAUGUAUGAGACGGUGAGGAACAGACUGACCCUGGAAGAGGCCACAGCAUCCGUGAGGGAAGGAGGGAUGGCUGGCAUAUCCAUGAAGGAUAGUGAUGAAGACGACGAUGACUAGAUGAACAGCACCAGGUGGAAGAGCCUGUCAGAGUCCGUCUGAGCCCUCAGACCGAUGCAUGUACCAACCAAGUUAACAAGGGGACCAAUAUUAUGGGUUUUCAAUUUUUCUCUGUCAGAUAGAAAUACCCAUGAACGAACAACAAUACAAAUGAUUAACGCUACAGAAAUUAUAAUUAUAUUAGUCAUGAUAAUUAUGAUAUAUAUAUAUAUAUACACAUAUUAUAUAUAUAUUUAAGUGUUGAACUUAAAAGUGUAGGUGUUUUAUGAAAAAAGUUAGCAAAGUUUCUCAUUCUCCUGAAUUCCCUCCUGAAUGUUCCUAAGCAAUAUGGAAAUCCAUGUGUAUGCGAUGUUGAGUUCUAUGAUUAGGAUAAUGCUUGGUGUGUCCCUGUUUAACGCAGACCUGUUGAGGCGAUUAGUUAACGUACUGUGAAUACAGUAAUGUUACAUCAUUAUGAGUUGGAGAGUAUUUUAUUUGUCUCAGAGCCCGUGUCUACUGCCUAAAGGGAACCAAAAGACAGACGGACAGACUGACAGACUUAGAACUGUUUGCAACUAACUGUAGGUACAUUUUAGAAAAGUAGCUAUCCAUUCUCCUCAACACUGUUGAUGUAUAAUUUACUUUAAUUCAAUUCAAUACUCCUUUAACAUUUUCCCUCACUGGCAAAUAUUUAGCCACCUUUUUAAAUAAGUUGUUUUAGAAAUGCAAUAUUUUCAUUUCGUUAUUAUAUCUUGUAUUUAUGAAUUAUCUAUGUUUUUUAUGUUUAAUUUUUUUUAAUAUAUAAAAGCACCUAGCACAAUAAAUAUUACUUCAUAGAGUGAAAAGAGACAUUCUGUGUUAGCCUAAACUUCAGCCAUUCCAGGAGGUACGUUUCCACACUUUUAUAAUAUGGAUAGCGAGAGAUGAUGACAUCCAGUAUUUUCUCUUACGCUGAUGUUGUUUUGUAUUUACACAAUGUUUAUUGCUCCGUCUGCAGUUACUGCAUGUCCCAGGUAUCCACUCCCACCCCCAAAGCAUUUUUUUGUUAUCUCUGUAAAGUUUCUGGUGGAGUCAUCUUGCUUCUGCCUUAUGGUAGCCUACUGAAUUGGGGCCCACAAAGUAAAAAUAAAGAUAUCUGUACAAAUAUG